AUGCCACAACUAGACACAUCAACAUGAUUCCUCACUAUCCUGUCAAUGUACACAACUCUCUUCAUCUUACUCCAGUUGAAAAUUUCAAAUCACCUUUACUCCCCCAACCCAAAACUAACCCCCGUUAAAGUACAAAAACAACAAGCCCCUUGAAACACCACAUGAACCAAAAUCUAUUUGCCUCUUUCACAACCCCAGUAG